AUGCCCGCUAGUAGAGAUUCGGCCGGCGUUGUCCGCGCCACGCCGCCCGCGUCCCGUGUACCUUAUCUCGAGCUGAAUGGGAAUUGCGUUUACUUGAUGACGUCCGGAUUGCACGGCCACGGCCACCAGAUCUCGCAACCGGCGCACCACUUGGACUCCUCGGUGCUGCCGACUAAGGAGAAGACGAUCCACGGCAAAGAGAAGACUUUCAAGGUGGUGGUGGGCAGCGAGGUGGGCGUGAUGAAGGCUCCUGUGCUCGGUCCGCGGCCAUACAACGCGCUGGCUAUAAUCCACACGCAGCAGAGCAACACCUUCGACAUGCUGAACUCCCUCACCACUAGUGUCGCGAGCCAGCCGGUGGUGGGGGUGGGCGUGGGCGUGGGCGGGUACCGCAGGCGCAGCUCUGGCCAGGGCGCGCUCUGCGACCCCGAGCUGGACGACAGCGGCAACAAGCUCGUCGCGCGCCUAGAGGACGACGCGUUCAUCUCCGAACAGGACCUGGAGGAGAACAUCGAAAUAGCUACAGCGACCGAGAAGGGCCUCCCACAUACCGACGACACCGGCGGCGAACAGCCACAGGAGCAACAGAAUGGUUUGGUCUACGGCCCCAUCUAUGACAAACUGGAGCUUGAGAAGGACAAACAGAAGCAGGAUAAGGAAGAUGAGGAGGAGCCCAUCGGCGUGUCGCCGUGUGGCAGGUUCUUCAAGUAUGAUAAGGAGGUGGGUCGGGGUUCAUUCAAGACCGUGUACCAUGGGCUGGACACUCAGACAGGGGUAGCAGUGGCCUGGUGUGAGUUGUUGGAGAAAAAGUUGAACAAGACGGAGCGCCUCCGUUUCCGCGAGGAGGCGGACAUGCUGAAGAAGCUGCAGCAUCCGAACAUCGUGCGCUUCUACAACUACUGGGAGGGCACCGUCGCCAAGAAGAAGAACAUCGUCCUCAUCACGGAGCUCAUGCUCUCCGGCACUCUGAAGGCUUAUCUGCGAAGAUUCAAAAAGAUCAAUCCCAAAGUGCUCAAGUCAUGGUGCCGGCAAAUUCUCAAGGGUCUAAAUUUUCUUCACUCUAGAACACCUCCUAUCAUUCAUAGAGAUCUGAAGUGCGACAACAUCUUCAUAACCGGCACCACGGGCAGCGUGAAGAUCGGCGACCUCGGCCUGGCCACACUCAAGAACAGGAGCUUCGCCAAGUCCGUCAUCGGCACGCCCGAGUUCAUGGCGCCGGAGAUGUACGAGGAGCACUACGACGAGUCGGUGGACGUGUACGCGUUCGGCAUGUGCAUGCUGGAGAUGGCCACCGGCGAGUACCCCUACAGCGAGUGCAGCGGCCCGGCGCAGAUCUACAAGAAGGUCGUCUCGGGUGUGAAGCCGCAGAGUCUGGAGAGGGUGAACAUACCGGAAGUGAGGGAUAUCAUCGAGUCCUGCAUCAGGCCGAACAAAGCGGACCGGCCGAAAGUGAAGGACCUGUUGAACCACGAGUUCUUCGGCGAGGACAUCGGGCUGCGGCUGGAGAUCGUCGGAAGGGACCUGGUCACCUCCUCGGACAUCACCAAGAUCCAGUUCCGGCUCAAGAUCAUCGAUCCCAAGAAACGGUCGUACACGCACAAGGAGAACGAAGCGAUCCAGUUCGAGUUCGACGUGGAGCGGGACGACUGCGAGGAGGUGGCCAACGACAUGGCCAAGGCGGGCCUCAUCAUGGAGGAGGACGCUAGGAUAGUGUUCAAGCUGCUCAAGUCGCAGCUCAUCUCGCUCAACAGGCAAGUGGGCACGCGCCGAUGUGACACUCUGGCCGACUUCAAAAUAGGGGGAUGUUUUGACGUGACGACGACCUCGCAACUCGCUUCCCCAUUCGCGCACCGGCACAAGGGACAAUUAAGACAAUUGACUCGUGGCUCAGUCGUGGCCAGUCAGCCAAUUUCUGAGAUGGUUCAUGCAGAACUAACAGAACAUCCAGCAUUGGGUUGGGUGUUCCUACGCCCUUGUGAUUUGUACCGCUGUGUUUGGGCACGAAUUUGUAAACGCAAAAAGAUUAGGAUUCUAUCACCAAUCGUAUUCUUGAAAUUACUUUGGGAGAGGAGCGAGAAGAAGGCGCAGAUGCUGUUCAACCAGGAGCUGAUCAACGAGCAGAACCGGCAGCAGCAGUUGCUUCUAGAACAGGUGAAGAUGUUUCAAAACCAACAACAAGCCGGCCCUGUGGACCAAAUGAAUGCCGGCCUUCUAAAUGGUGUAGGAUCUCAGCCAGCUUUAGCAGCCGUUCAGCUAGACCAACAAUCACAGUUCCUCCAGCAUCAACAAUUACUGCAACAACAGUAUCAACAAAUAAGCAACGAGGAAACUGCAAUGAAGAUCCUACAACAUAAUCUCAUGCAAGCCAGGAUAUCGCCCUCGCUCAGCUCCCUCGAACAGAACAUAAAACAGCAACAGGUCAUUAUGGAACACAAUCUCCUCAAUCAACAGAUGUUGGAGCAAAACGUGCAGGGUCAGCUGAUGGAGCAACAGGCGCAGCUUGAACCGGUCUCGUCACAACAACAGACGAACCUCCUCAACACACAGUUCGGCCUGAACGAGAUCAGUAAUCAGAACCAGGCGUUGCAGCAGCACAUAAUACAGCAGCAACAGAACAUAAUGAGGCACCAAGCGGCUGUCAUCCAGCAGAAACAGUUGGAGGAGCAGCUUACAGCGCAGGAGAAUAUCAUAGCCGGGCCGCAGCCGAAUCUCGUCACCUCUCAAGUUCUCGAUCCGUCCCUGCAGAAUCUGCAGAACAUCCUCGCGCAGAUCAUCCAGAGGCCCGACACGCUGCAGGCGAGGAAGGAAUCUGAAUCAGAGCAGCAGCAAGUGGUCCAGCAGCCGCAGCAGUCGCAGCAGACUCCAGCCAUUAGCCAGCAGCCGACAACGGAGAGCGUCGAUGUCCCGAUACCGCCUCCUCAGCAAGAGCAAGAGUCCCUGCAGCAGAAGAUGAACAACCUACUUGGAUCUCAGAUGCAACAGCAAGCUAGUCAGAAUAUAGGUUACCAACAGAGUCAGCAGCCGUUCAUGCAGCCCAAUAUUUUAUCUGCCGCAGUCGACCCCGCCAUUCUAGCGCAGCAGCAACAGGUGGCGCAGGCGCAGCAGCAAAUGGUGCAAGCACAGCAGCAGUUGAACAUGCAAAAGCAAAUGCUGGCACAGCAGCAGUUGGUGUUCCAGCAGCAGAUGCUGACGCAACAACAGCUGCACCUGCCCGGGCAAACCCUGUCCCCGCAACAUUUCAGGAACACGAUCUUCCAGCAGCAGCAGUACCUAGCGCAGCAGGAGCGGCAAAUACAGACACAGCAAAAUAUAAUCGAUCAGCAGAAUUUGGCGCUGUUAGCGCAGAAGCAACAGCUGAUGGGCCAGCAGCAGCAGAAAGUGGAAGAGAUGCUGAGAUCGCAGCGCCCGGUAUACCAACGCCAAGGCUCCGAGCAGAGUCAAAUAAGCACGGCCGAUUCCCACGACCAGCAACAAACUUUAGUGCCCGAGCAGUAUCAGCAACAGAAGGCCGCACUGCAACCCCAAAUGUCAAUCGAUCAAAUGCAGCAGUACCAAAACCAGUACGUUGACAUGCAAAUGCAACAACUACAGAAAAUGGAGGAGCACUACGCACACUCACAAAUGCACCCACUCCAAGGCCAAUCACUUCCUCACAAUAUGAUGGCACAGAACUUCAGUGCGGUCCAGCAGAGUGAGAGGCAGAUCUCUAGUCAUGAAGGCACCCCGGUGCAGAAUUACUCUGUCAAUCCUCUGCAGAUGUACCAGCACCAAAGUCAGCCAGUGCAGUCGUUGCAAAGCGCUCCUUAUCAAACCAUGGAUACGAUACCUUCGUCAGUCGCUACGUCCAUAUCACAAAAUGCACCAUCGGCGCAAGAGUCUGUCGCGCAGAUGCCCGUUCAGCCGCCAAUGCAACCCUCGAGCCAAUCUUCGAUCCAGCCCCCUGUCCAGAACCAGUCUCAGGCUUCCAUCCAGCCUUCCAUCCAGUCUACUGCCCAACCCGCAGUGCAGUCUCUCCAACCUCCGGUCCAAUCUACAGUUCAACCGGCAGCACAGCCCGUGGUCCAGACAGCUUCGCAACCUUCUGUUCAGCCCGCAACGCAACCUUCUGUCCAGCCCGCAACGCAAACGCAAGAGUCCAUACCGCAGCAGUUGAGCAUAUCCUCAGACCAAUCGGAGAACGGCCAUCACGGCAACGGCGGUCAGAAGGAGCAGUUUCUAACUCCGAUGACUGAAUUCCCGUCGGGCUCGACUCACACAGAAGCGAUCAAGCCGCCAGACUUGUCCUCUGUGGAUGAGAAGCAAGGAGAAUCUCAGCAGGAAGCCGGCACCGGUACAGCAGUCCCAUCGCCCAUUACCAGCGAGAAGAAAUCUCGCGGUUCCAAGAAACGUUCCCGCGAGAAGGACAAGCUGCCCAAGCUGACGGUUCUGGAGGUGAACGAGGCGGCCACGGUGGUCGAGUGCCAGCUCGAGUCCAAGUCCAAAACGGUCACCUUUAAGUUUGACGUCACCGACGUGAACCCGGAGGAGAUCGCUAGUAAUCUGGUGUCCAACAACCUGUUGCCCGAGUGGCAGAGCCUGACGUUCACGGAGCUGAUCCGCGACAUCGUGCAGCAGCUGCUCAGCGACCCCGCCUCCACGCCCGUGCUGAGCCCCGCCCACCACGCCGCGCUGCGCCUCAACAUCGACAAGACUGACUACGACUCGGAGACGACGGAGCGCGAGGAGAAUCUGACCGAUUCGAACCAGGACAACUCCGAGUGCACGACACCCACCGCCAGCCAGGACAGCAUCGCGCUCGCCGAGCUGGCCGACGACGAGCUGCCGUCCGCGCCCACGCCCACGCCCGUCGAGCCGGCGCCCACGCCCACUCCCACUCCCACGCCGGCCCCCGCCCCCGCCCCGCCCCCGCCCCCGCACCCGCCGUCCCCGCCCAAGUUCCCGCUGACAUCUCGUUCCAAUCAGUCGGACGGCGGGUCGAUGGCGCCGGACCGCUCGGGGAGCGCAGAGUCUCAGAACGGCGACAGAAAGUCGCAAAAGCCCGCUCGUAAGAUAUCGAGGUUUCUAGUCAGUCCCGUGGUGGACCGCGGCGAGGAGGCGGCCGAGGAGAAGGCGGCGCCGGAGCCGGAGAGGCCCGAGCCCAAGCUCUACUCCGAGGUGGCCAGGGAGCCCCGCCGGGAGGCGACGCUCAACGGGCUGCCGGAGCCCGCGCCUCCAGCCAUUCCGCAAGAGAGCUAUGUUCCUACUCACCAGUAUUCGGCGCCCGAGCCCAAGCCCAAGCCCGAGGUGCCCGUCGCGGCCUCCGUGCCGCAGAGCACCGUGGCCCCCGUCGCCGCCCCCAUAACCGCCCCCGUCGCUGCCCCCAUCACCGCGCCCGUCGCCGCCCCCAUCACCGCGCCCGUCGCCGCCCCCAUCACCGCUACCGUCGCCGCACCCGUCGCCACCAACAUACAGUCGACGAUCCCCCAAGCGCUGCCGUUCCAGAGCGCCAUGAUCAACCCCAACCUACUGCAGGCGAACCUGUCGAAUCUCAGCACGCCCCUGCAGAUUGCGACCGACACCCCGCUGCUGGGGCUGAGCCAGGUGGGCACCCCGAUGGGGAUGAGUGCCGAGCUGGGCCUGGGCGUGGGAUUAGGCGCGAUGGGCACGAUGGGCGCGACCCUAGCGGACCCGAUGGGCCUCUCGCGGCUGCCCUUCGCUCAGCCCACUCUCGCGCCCGCCUUCGCCGACACGCUGCCCAACGCCGAGAACAUACAAAGGAUGCUGUUGAAACAGAACAUCAUGAAUCAACAGCAGAACCUCACGGGCCCCAACCUACUUGGCCUCCUUAACCAGCCGCAGUACCCACAGCCCGACCUUGCACUACACAACAAUCUGUUGGCCAACGCCCAGCCAGCGUGCAUGGCGCGCCUGCCGACGCCGGGCCCGCAGCGCUACUACACGCCCAUGCUGGCCUCCGCCAACGACUUCAUAGCUCAACAGCAGGCGUUGCAAAACUCCAUGUGCCAGCUGGGCGGGCAGCCGAUGGGCCCGGGCUUCGGCCUGGGCCUGGGGCCGCUGCAGGCCGGCCUCGCCGCGCCCCUGCUGCAGCACCAGAACAUCGGCCUCGCCACCCAGAACAUCGCGCUCAAUCAGAACCUCAUGGGGCAGACCCUUGGACAGAACUUAGGUCUGGCGGCGCAGAACCUGGGCGUGGGCGUGGGAGUGGGCGUGGGCGGGCAGGGCCUGGUGGGCGGGCAGAAGUUUGGUCUGGGCGGCGCGGGGCUGGCGCUGGUGGGGCCGGGCCAGAUGGCGCAGCGCAGCGCGCACCACGCCCUGGCGAGGCGCGCCCUCGAAGUCGACUCCUCGGGUAUGACAAACGUUAAUUCGACGGGCUCGUCGCAACCAAGCACUCCGAACAAGGCCCAAUCAUACGAAUACAUGCUAUCGCUUCAGCAAAAGCUUUCAUCAAUAUCAAAUAGCGGUCCGGUGUCACCACAGUCUCCCAUAGAGUACAGCCCGAUGCUGUCACCGACACAACGGACUAUACACGCAAUGCCACCUCAUAAGGGUGACGGCGGUGAGGUGCUGGGCGGAGAGGGCGGGGCUGGCGGUGCGGGGGCGGGGGCGGGGCACGCCUCGCGCUUGGCUCAUCUCGAUCACGAGCUCAGCAAGAUCAGCCUGCACUACAAGCACUCGCCCGCCAAGGAUGUUUACAUAGAACACAGCACGGAGGAUCAUGAUUUGAUGUCUGAUACUAUCAACGAUGGUGCCGAAAAUACAUACGAAGAGCUGGCCGAGGAGUGGGAGGGAGCGAGACGGCGAUAUCGCGUGUCGCGCGCGACCCCGUGCCGCGGCUACUCCCUCUGCCGGCUGCUGCCGCGCCAGCCUCCGCGCGCGCACGAGAAGGAGGCGUCUGGUGGCGCGGAGGAGGCGUCGUGGUGGUCGGAGGGGGCGGAGGGGACGGAGGGCGCGGAGGGGGCGGACGGAGCGGAGGGCGGCGGGGGGGCGGAGGGCGCGGAGGCGGACACGUACGUGCUGACGGACGCAACGCGCGCGCGCUGCUACGUGCUGGCCGACGCGCUCAGCGGCCGGAUCGCCACCGUGCUGGACCCCGCGCCCGUGCAGGCGGAGGCGAAACCCAACCCAGAGGAGGCCGAGGAUGGGGAGCGCAGCUUCCUGAUAGUGGAUCCGGUGCGCGAGAUGACGUGCACCGUCAUCAGCCGCACCCUGGACCUGGAGAGGGACGCCGGCUUCGGGGGCUUCGUGGAGGGGCGCUACUCGCUGGACAGCGCGCCCGAAGGGGGGCUGCCGGACACGGCGGAGUGCGUCUCGGCGAGCGAGGAGCUGGGCCGGUGGCGGGGCGCCGAGGUGGAGGGGCGGCCGUGGCGCGAGGGGGAGGUGGCGGCGGCGGAGGGGGGCGAAGGGGGGCCGGGGGCGGGAGGGGGGCCGCGCUGCGUCGAGGCCGUGGCCGCCGGCGGGCUGCUCGCCGACGUGCUCGUGGACGACGUGCUGACGGACAGGGCUCGGUGCCGGCAGAUGGUGUUGCUGUCGGUGCGCGCGGCCGCGCAGUUA